AUGCGUCUCUUCAACGCAACAACCCACAAUUUGACCGACUUCCUCGGCGAGACUAUCCCCCCCUACGCCAUCCUCUCCCACCGCUGGCAAGACGACGAGGUCAUCUUCCAGGUUAUCCUUUCCGGGGCUGCACCAACCAAAAAAGGCUACGAGAAAAUUACACAAUGCUGCGCCCAGGCCCUCCGCGAUAAUCUGGGCUAUAUCUGGGUCGACACCUUCUGCAUCGACAAGACCAGCAGCGCUGAGUUAUCCGAGGCGCUGAACUCGAUGUACGAGUGGUACCAGAAUGCAGAGGUGUGCUAUGCCUAUCUGUGCGAUGUCGCUGAGGAUACGGUUGAAGUAUCGUCCGGAGGAAGCGGGCGCGGAGGCUUUAAUGACAGCGUGUGGUUCACGCGCGGCUGGACGCUGCAAGAACUCCUGGCGCCUACACGAGUGGAAUUCUUCAAUGCGGAUUGGCGACCCCUCGGAUCUAAGGCCAAACUAAAGGGGAUCAUUUCUUCUAUCACCGGAAUCCAAGAGGAGGUGCUCGACGGGACGCUCCUACCACAAGAGCUGAGUAUCGCGCAGCGCAUGUCCUGGGCGUCGGAGCGGGUGACGACCAAGGUGGAGGAUAUGGCGUAUAGCCUGCUGGGGUUAUUCGAGAUCAACAUGCCGAUGCUGUACGGGGAGGGGAAGCGGGCGUUUAUCCGGCUGCAGGAGGAGAUUAUGAGGCAGUCGGAUGACCAGACGCUGUUUGCGUGGAAGAGUUCGAAUUCGAGCGCCGAUGAUAGCUACCGUGGUCUGCUGGCGCAAUCGCCGGCUGACUUUAAAGCGAGCGGCGAGUUCGUGCAGUCGCAGCAGAGGUUCAAUCGCAGUCCGUUCGCAGUGACUAAUAUGGGGAUCAGCAUCGAGCUGGCUGUUGUGCACUGGACCAUGGACGUGUACCUCGCGGCACUGGACUGCGAGACGCAGAGCAGGAAGAAACGGGUGGGGAUCUUCCUCGCCCCGUUACCGCAGGACAACCAGUAUGCGAGGGUAAUGUGCGCGGGGGAAGAUCUGCCAGACUUUCCGGCAGACAUGAAGUCCGAAUAUCGCAAGGUCUACGUGAGACAGAGGGUUGCAGGGACGUCGAAGCCCCCGGGGCGCAUGUACGGAUUCUGGCUGCGCCAGUUCCCCCCGGUUUGGAAGGGCCCGCACUCCGAAUUCGAGGUAACGGCGUACCAUCCCUGGGACGAAACGGAGCGCAAGCUCUGCAUUCCUCCGGGGAAACGAGGGACUGCGGGAAUUAUCAGGUACUCCAUGCGAGAGGACUACGUCGUGAACCUGCGCGUCGGAUUUGACGCCAUGCUCAACCCCGUUGUCCAGUUUGGUGGGUCUCUCAUGACCGACGCGCGGUUGAAAGCCCGCGAUCCCAAUGCCUUUGAGGUGCAGAUGGCAGAUGACUGGAUGGAUGAACGGAGGGCAUGCGUCUACAUCGGAGACAGGAACUACGGACUCAAUCUGAACGACGGAAUAAUCAGGAUCCUGGUCCUGGAGGAGGUCGUCAAAGGACAGCGGAUGUGGGUUGUCUAUAUUGCAAAGCCGGAAAAUGGAGCCUGGCACAAGGACUGUGUCUGCGACGGAUGCCGGCUUACGGUGUUUGGGACUCGAUAUCGAUGCAAGUUCUGUCCUGGAUUUGACUACUGUUCCGAUUGCUUCCAGAACGCGAGGCGCACGCAUCCGGGCCAUAGCUUUCAAGAGGACAAGCCUGUUUGGCAUGCUGCAGUGCACUGUGACUGGUGUAGCGAGGUGAGUCUCCUGCUUAUCUCCUUGUGCUUCGACUGA